AUGUCCUCAGCCAAUUCAAUUAAGUUGCUGACUGGCAACAGCCAUCCUGAGCUGGCUCAGCUUGUGGCUGACCGUAAAGCUAACAUUGAAGGCGUCGACAGUCUCGGAAUUGAGCUGACCAAGAUCAUGGUCUUGCAAUACUCUAACCAAGAGACCAGCGUCACGAUCGGAGAGAGUGUUCGGGAUGAAGAUGUCUUCAUUCUGCAAUCAACACGGCCCAAUGACAUCAACGAUGGUCUUAUGGAGCUCCUCAUCAUGAUCAAUGCCUGCAAGACUGCCUCGGCCCGGCGAAUCACUGCCGUUAUCCCCAAUUUCCCAUACGCUCGCCAGGAUAAGAAGGACAAGAGCCGCGCGCCCAUUACGGCUAAACUCAUGGCCAACAUGCUACAGACCGCUGGCUGCAACCAUGUCAUUACCAUGGAUCUGCACGCUAGUCAGAUCCAGGGCUUUUUCAACGUGCCCGUUGACAAUCUGUACGCUGAGCCUAGCAUGCUUAAGUGGAUCCGCGAGAACCUUGAUGUCAGCAACUGUGUCAUUGUCAGCCCCGAUGCUGGUGGCGCUAAGCGUGCGACUGCCAUCGCUGAUCGUCUCGACUUGCAAUUCGCUUUGAUCCACAAGGAGCGUGCGCGACCCAACGAGGUCUCUCGCAUGGUCCUCGUCGGUAACGUCAAGGACAAGAUCGCCAUCAUUGUCGACGACAUGGCUGAUACCUGCGGAACUCUCGUCAAGGCUGCUGACACUGUGAUGCAGCACGGUGCCAAGGAGGUCAACGCCAUCGUUGUUCAUGGUAUUCUCUCUGGCAAGGCCAUCGAGAACCUGAACGGCAGCCGCUUGAACCGCCUUGUGGUGACUAACACCGUCCCCCAUGCCGAGAAGAAGGAGCAGUGCGACAAGAUUGAGACUAUUGACAUCUCGCCGACGCUGGCGGAGGCCUGCCGUCGUACUCACAACGGCGAGUCAGUAAGCUUCCUCUUCUCGCACGCAGUCGCGUAA